GGCUCCCGCCGUCGACGGAAAGUCUCCGAUUUCCGGCGGGGCUGUAGGGUUUUCGGAUCUUUUCCGGGAGGGCGAGUAUGAGUUCGAAGGAAGGAGGGAAGGGGGGGAGGGGCAAGCCCAAGGCCUCCAAGUCCGUCUCGAGGUCCCAGAAGGCGGGACUCCAGUUCCCCGUCGGCAGGAUCGCCCGGUUCCUCAAGGCCGGCAAGUACGCCGAGCGCGUCGGCGCCGGCGCCCCGGUUUACCUCUCCGCCGUCCUCGAGUACCUCGCCGCCGAGGUGCUGGAGCUGGCGGGGAACGCGGCGAGGGACAACAAGAAGAACAGGAUCGUGCCGCGGCACAUCCAGCUGGCGGUGAGGAACGACGAGGAGCUGAGCAAGCUGCUGGGGUCGGUCACCAUCGCCAACGGCGGCGUCCUGCCCAACAUCCACCAGACGCUGCUGCCGAAGAAGACCGGCAAGGGCAAGGGCGACAUCGGGUCCGCUUCCCAGGAAUUCUAGGGCGGGCUCCGCCACCCCUUCGCGCUUUCUCUAAUUUUUUUCUCUCUUUUGAUUUUUGAUUUUUGAUUUUUUUCUUUUGGUGGGUUCUUCUUCGAUCUUGCUGUAGGACUUAGACCUUGAUCUUUGCAAUAUACGUCUGCUUUUUUUACUUUUUACUUUUUAUGUUUUUAUGGUGGCUCUGUUGAAUCAAAAAGCAGUAAAGGGUGCGUUUUUUUUUUU